UCGGGAGGAGCCCCGCGUCCGGUUAGCCGCUAGCUAGCUAAUCGGCUCGCUUACUCACCCAGCCAAGAGACGACGACGACGACGACGCUGCUGCUGCCGAAUGUUGCUCACAGACUCCCCCCCCCCCCAAAAAAAAAAAAAAAAACUAGGCACUUUAAUGUCUGCCGGGCUUAUGAAACAUUAGAUUAGUUUUUUCUUUCCAGCAGGCUCCGCCACUGGCACUUGCCUCAACUUCCCUGUUGGCUUUGAACGAGCGAUGAUGACAGAUCGUAUGACUGCAACUGGCAAUCCUCCUACGUCUCGCCGAGCGCCGCCAAUCAUACGCUCGACUCCAUUCUUAUCAUUUGGAGGUAUUUUACACGGCGUGUAUGAUAUUCCCAGUGGGAUAAAGCACCAAACUAGACUCGGAAAUCGACACAAAAUAAUACAGUAGAAAUGUAACUCUUCUGCUUUCGACUACACGUCAUUAAAAUUGUUCUUUUUUUCUUUUCUUUUUUGGGGGGUAAAGUUUUACCCACACGUUUUUUCUAAUGUCGCGUUUAUUAGCAAGCGCUCUAAUUUUGUGUUGCAAUGAAAAUUAUUUGAAAUAUAUCACCUUGUCGGCGUUUGAAAUGUUGCUAGGCAACGACAAACGGUUAGUAAGCUAGCACUCGUGUUUUCCCCUCAGGGAACAUUUAGUUUUAUUUUCAGUUGCAAAUAAUUGUAAAUAUUGAAAGUCAAUUCAAGGUGAAAAUGUCAGACGGAGUGAGGCUCACACACAUGGCGGGGGCUGGAAAACGAGUCCCUAUUGGGGACAGAGCGUCGACUUGUCUACAAGAAAUAAAAAGAGCCCCGACGCCACCUGCGGUUCGAAAGUAUCACAACAGCAUCCGACCGGGGCCCGGCAUGAUCCGAGUGCACCACGGGAAGGCCAACGAUCCCAAAGUGGCCGACACGCUCGUUCACGGCCUCUGCAGCAAGUCUUCGCUAACGGCCGCAGUCACGCUCAACCCGCUACCUCUCACCAAGUUCCAACAGAAGCUGCAGGAGGUUAGCGAGGCCGUGUAUGCCUCGCAACAGAGGGCGCCACUUGGCUCUACGCCCAACAGAUGUGGACUUCCCGCCUGGUACAACGAGCAAACCACGUUUGGAAUUAAAACUCAUCGAAAUGUGGAUGCCGUCAAUGUGAUUUAUCCUCCAAAAACUGCGGAGGAGUUGGACAAGGAGGAACAGGAGUCACAUCAGGCUUAUGUUCGCAGUCACAACAGAUACUUUGUUGGUGAGCAAAUAGACAGGAAAUACAACUACAAUAAAGACAGUUGCUUCGGGAUCAAGACGCCUUAUUACAAGGACGGACGUUCCGUCGGGAGAAGUCUGCAUUGGCUGGGGGAAUCCACAAGGCUCCACAAUCCAAACCCUGAGUGGCAGAGAUCUCCUGGCAGCAGGGAAAAGUUGGAAGGACAAAUUGGCAACGUGAAGAAAAACAAGAGAGGAAACAAUGUCGAGGUUUCACCAGACCACACUUUUGGAAUCAUCAUACCUCAAGAUGAAUGCAGUGUCAGAGAUCUGAUCCACUCGGGGCAGCAGCCGGCGGGCAAGCGAGCGCGAGCCGCCGAGCGCCAGCGUUGCCUGGCCAACGCCGUGCGGACCCGCCUCAAGAUCAUCAAUUCACAGAAUUUCCCGUCGUUGCUGGAGGCCUUCAGACACUAUGACAAGAAAGGUCAAGGACGCAUCGACAAGGAGGACCUGCGGGAAGUGUGCCGACACUUCGAGGUGGUCGCCAGCGAGGCCGUUCUGGAUGACGUGGUGGAUGACUGCGACACUGACCGAGACGGAUUCAUCAACUUCCUGGAGUUCGCCAACUUCCUCACCUUGAAGGAGACGAUGCCGCUGGACAGACGGGAGCAGCACCUAGUCAUGGACGCCCAGUUCCAAACCGGCUCAGACCGCCCCAGAUCGCGAUCGUCCGGACUUCCUGGUCCUGGCGCUUUGUUAAAAACUGAUGACUUAGAGCCGUUCAAGAUUGGCAGCUCAAAGAGGACCGUGAGGACCCUCAGAAGACCCGACCCGGUCUCGGACCGCUUCAUCACCACCGCUUCCUUCAUUGGGGCGGCCGCCGGGGAGCCGCAAGCAUCCAACACUCGCACGUUUGGGGUCCCGUCGGUCCGGACCGACAAAGCGCCGCCGCGCAACCGGAGGAUCACCGACAACGUCAACUACAGCGACAUGACCACGGCGGUGGACCUUUUGCUGCCGUCGGUGUACGGACGCCAGGGAGUCUACCAGGAGCACUUUAUCUGCCCACGCUCCAAGGAAGAGAUGGCUGAGAUCUUCGGGAACGUGGGUGCGAACAUUCCCGAGGAAACUUUCGAGGAGGCCUGGAAGCUAGCGUCCACGCGGCAUCCCGACGGUGACGUCUGCGUGGAAGCUUUCCGAACGGUACUCGAGGAAAUCAAUGCUUUGUAGUGAGAACAAAAUUAGCAAUAGCAAAAUAAUAAAAUAGAAAUAAAAUAGAUAACUACAUACGAAAAUAAAAUAGCAGUAGUUUUUAUAUUGGUACUAAAUCUGGCAUUUUAUGUCACCAUAUAAUCAUUAAAAAAUGGCAUAAGUCAAGAAGAAAUUAGCUUUUUUUUUUUUUUUUAGCCUGGGAACAAAAAUGUGUGGUGCAAUGAUGUGAAAGUAUAAUUGGGUCAUGCAAAUUAUUUGAUGUGUUUUUAUCAUUUGUUCUGUGUGAAUAUUAUAGUUAAUGUAAUUCCAUCAAAGAGACAAAACAAUUUAUGGCUUCACGGAGCUAUUUUGCCAUCACUUCCGCUAAGCAGAUUAAUUAAGCGUCUUCUUGGCACGCUGCCUCGACUCGUUGACACUGUGAAAUAGUUUUAAAUAAAUCAAAAUAUGAAUUAAUAACAUGUGCUGUCUGCGCUGUCUUUGUGUUUAAGGGAGUGACGCGGCAGCGUGGCAAAUACUUUAAACGCCGCGUCCGCCGUCAUCGCCUCGCUAAGAUAAAGUCGGUACGCUAACGUCACUACGCUAAUCUCAUUAGAACGCCACAGAAAAAUUAAUCCUCUCGUUCAUGAACUGAUUGUCAACAUGAAGAAUUACACAGAAGUGUCGACAUGCCGCUUUUAUGUGCAUGGGGUGUUUUUUCCUGCUGCAUUCAAGUGUAUGUUUCAAUGUGGGUCUUGUGUUUUUUGUACGACUGCGUAGAAAAAAAAGGAAAAAAAUGGUGAAACUUGAUCUGAUGUAGUACCAAUUUAUCCCUUGAGAAGUGGCAAUUGGGCACUUUGAGAUCAAAGCUGUUAAUUGGCUACUUACUGCUUUAUGGCGUGUGCCAUGUUUUAUUCCAGGGGUGUGGUAAAUAAGGACGGGCUAAAUUUUGCAAUUACGAUUCCACUAUCGAUCCAAUUCCUUGUUUAUUCUCUUGUCGACUCAUUGGGUGAGGGAAUGACAAUACAAAUGAUGUAUGAUGUGACUGAUGUACUUAGCAUUCUAUCUUUUUAUGAUAAUACAAAUGAUGUUUCUGCAUAUUGGAAGUAUUCCCGACCUUUGAUGCAAUUAAAGCUUUGCAAGAGUUAUCU